CCCUUGUUGAUGUCAUAGUACACACUAUCUGCACCAAUAACUUUUCAAUCGUUGACUAAGCACAAUUUGUACUUGCGUUUACAUUUUGUAAGAGAUUUUGUAUUUGGAUAAAGAGUUGGCGAAAACAAAAUUAAUUUGAGUCAUGGUCACUAAAUAGUGGCUUUCAAAGAUAAAGCAAUGAAUAAGAAAUCUGAUAAUUAUUACGAUAACAUGAACGAACAGAACUUAUCUGAAAAAGGAACCAAAUCGGAAAUUGGAAGUAACCGUAAGGAUUACGCAAAAAUUGACUUUGGAUCAAUGGGCGUUAACUUAAAAGAACAUUUUAUGUCAUCGGAAAAGCAAAACCUUUUUAAUUACUCGAGAUCAUUUGAUUUAAAAGUGAAUUCAAAUCGACCUGUGGUAUUGAAUCACAACGCAAAAAGUAAAGCUUUUGAUAAUGCAACAAUGAAAUAUAUAUCAGGAAAUAUUAAUUCUGACAUAUUAAAUGUACUGAAAAAUAAGAAACUUGAAAAUUGUAACUUUGGAUUAAUAAACGAUGCCUUAACCGAGAAGGAGCACGCUUAUAAAAAUGAAAAAGAAACCAAUUGCGAAAGUCUGGAGGGCGUGGAAGAGAAGGAUAAAAAUAGUGACUUACCAAUUGGUUGGGAAAAGCAUGAAGACAAUGAUGGACCCUACUACUGGCACAUAAAGUCUGGAACGAUCCAAAGAGAGCCUCCUGUUUUCCAUAAAUACAAGUACAUAAAUGACGAGAAGGAAUGCAACACUCCAAUGUUCGAGUAUGUAAAUAACCCAACGAUUGAAGAUCAUUACAAUAAUCUACCCGUUAGCCCAACAUACUCUCGUUAUGAAUUAAGGGAUUUUGAAAAUUUCUCUAUGUCAAGAAGCCGAACAAUACCGUCAUUGAAUCAAGAACAGGGAAAACAUUAUCGGGAAUACAUGCGAAGAAGUUACCCCAUUAAACCUGAAUCUAACAAGUUAGUUAGAUUUACCGUGAGAUCUUUGGGGUGGGUUAAAAUCGCUGAAGAGGAUCUUGUUCCAGAGAGGUCUUCAAAAGCUGUUAAUAAAUGUAUUAUUGAUUUGUCAUUGGGGCGCAAUGAUCUGUUAGAUGUAGUUGGUCGAUGGGGUGAUGGUAAGAAUAUGUUCAUGGAUUUAGAAGACGGAUCUCUAAAACUGGUUGAAACGGAAACAUUAACUGUACUCAACUCACAGCCAAUUCAUACAAUACGUGUAUGGGGCGUAGGAAGAGAUAAUGGCAGGGACUUCGCUUAUGUGUCUCGUGACAGAUUGACAAGGAUUCAUAUGUGUCAUGUAUUUCGAUGUGAUACAGCUGCAAGGACAAUUGCAAAUACUUUGCGUGAUAUAUGCAAACAAAUUAUGAUUGAGCGCUCGCUGCAAUUGGAUUCAAAUAAUAUUGGAACAGCAAAUAAUUGUAAAAACAAACAAGAAUCAAUCCGCCCAACUAAUUUGCAAACAGAAAAUCGUGGAUUCAGACAUUCGCAAUCAUUUCCAACACCUAUGGAGGAACCGAAAAAGAUAUUAAAAGCCUUGUAUGUAGGUUGCAAAGAAGUAUCUCAACCAACUGGAAUGGAAAUUAUCAAUGAAGCAAUCAAUAGUGUCAUAGCACAAACAAGAACUGAAGAUUGGGAGAAUGUAAACGUGGCUAUUGCCCCAAGUAUGAUAACUGUGCGUAGUUCAAAGGAUUACACCAGACUCAUAGCUGAAUGCAGAGUUCGAUAUCUGAGUUUUUUGGGAAUUGGCAAAAAUUUUAAGAAGUGUGCUUUUAUCGUUCACACUGCACGCAAUAAAUUUGUUGCCCAUGUCUUUCACUGUGAACCAUCUAGUGGAGCCCUCUGCAAGACAGUAGAAGCAGCUUGCAAGCUACGAUAUCAGAAGUGCUUAGAUGCACAUCCAGAAAAUAAUUUUUCCUUCGAUUCAGGCACACAUAGCAAAGGAAUUGGAGCUGCCAUUAAAGAUAUCAUUCAUUCUUUAUCACUUAAAAAGGAUAAGUGUGGCUUACCUUAAUUGAAUAAAAAUGAACUAUAGACAAAUGUCGAAUUAUAAUUUGUAUUCCUUUUUAAAGAUGUCUAAUGGAUUUUUUUUAAUAUCUUGAAAAAAUACAAUUGUUAUCAGUAUAGAAGGUAUUCAUAUUUAUUUACGCGUGUAACUGUUUACUUUAUAUAAACAUUACAAUAUUAUACAUUUAUUAUUAAUUGUAAUUUAAAGCUUGAAUUUAAAAAUAAAUAAAAAGCUGGCAGUAGAAAUAAGUGUA